AGCCCGCGCUCUGCCCUGCUCGCGCCUCCGGUCUCGCGGUCCCGGGGCUCCCUCAGCACCGGGCGGGGGGGGGGCGGCUCCAGCAGGCCCGGGGGGGGCACCGGGAGGGCUCGGGGGGGCUCCCACCAUGUCGGGAGAGGAGGAGACCACCGAGCUCACCAUCGCCGAGGACCUGGUGGUGACCAAGUACAAGAUGGGGGGGGACAUCGCCAACCGGGUUCUGCGUGCCGUGGUGGAGGCGGCGGCUCCCGGCGCGUCCGUGCUGUGCCUGUGCGAGAAGGGCGAUGCCAUGAUCAUGGAAGAGACGGGGAAAAUCUUCAAAAAGGAAAAAGAAAUGAAAAAAGGAAUCGCCUUCCCCACCAGUAUAUCCGUCAAUAACUGCGUGUGUCACUUCUCCCCGCUCAAGAGCGACCAGGAUUACAUCCUCAAGGACGGGGAUCUGGUCAAAAUCGAUUUGGGCGUGCACGUGGACGGUUUCAUCGCCAACGUGGCGCACAGCCUGGUGCUCGGCGCCUCCAAGGAAAAUCCCGUGUCCGGCCGCAAAGCCGACGUCAUCAAGGCGGCUCACCUGUGUGCCGAGGCCGCCCUGCGCCUGGUGAAACCCGGCAAUCAGAACACGCAAGUGACGGAGGCCUGGAAUAAAAUCGCCCACGCGUUCCACUGUACGCCCAUCGAAGGGAUGCUGUCCCACCAGCUGAAGCAGCACGUGAUCGACGGGGACAAAACCAUCAUCCAGAACCCCUCGGACCAGCAGAAGAAGGACCACGAAAAAGCCGAAUUCGAGGUGCACGAAGUCUACGCCGUCGACGUCCUGGUCAGCAGCGGCGAGGGAAAGGCCAAGGACGCGGGGCAGAGAACCACGAUUUACAAGCGGGACCCCUCCAAGCAGUACGGGCUGAAGAUGAAAACCUCGCGCGCCUUCUUCAGCGAGGUGGAGCGGCGCUUCGACACCAUGCCCUUCACCCUGCGGGCGCUGGAGGACGAGAAGAAGGCGCGCAUGGGCGUGGUGGAGUGCGCCAAGCACGAGCUGCUGCAGCCCUUCAACGUGCUCUACGAGAAGGAAGGGGAGUUCGUGGCGCAGUUCAAGUUCACGGUGCUGCUGAUGCCCAACGGGCCCAUGCGGAUCACCAGCGGCCCCUUCCAGCCGGAGCUCUACAGAUCCCACCUGGACGUGCAGGACGGCGAGCUCAAGGCCCUUCUACAAAGCUCCGCCAGCCGCAAGACCCAGAAAAAGAAGAAAAAAAAGGCUUCCAAAAACGCUGAAAACGCCACCACGGGGGAGACGGCGGAGGAGAACGAGGCGGGCGAUUGAAAAUUCUCAAAUCGUCCUUUUUUUCCCCCAAAAAAAAAAAUUUAAAUUUUAAAAAAAAUCCCCCCAAAAAAACCCAGAAAAAUUCCAUCUGGAAACAAAAUAAUUCGAUUUUUUUCAGGCAGUUUGGAAUUCCCACAAAAUCCAACAGCUCCCGAGGAGGGAGGAAUUUUUUGGUCAAAAUUGAAUUAAAACACCCCAAAAAAGCAGCAAAAAAAAAAAAUAGUAGUGAAAAUCGCUGUUAAAUCUUAAAUAUUUCCCAUAUAUUGAGAGGUAAUUUUGGAAUAUUCAUCCUCGUGCUGCUUUUUUUUCUUAAUAUUUGUUAUUUUUUCCAUUUGAAAUUAUCACCCAAAAAAAGAAAAAAUUUAAAAACCAAAUUAUUCCACCCAGAAAAUUGAAAUAAUUCAGGAUUUUGUCUUUUUCAUCUUUAAAAAUUGGGAAAAAAAAUUCAAUUUUUAUAUAAAAUUUAAGUUCUUCCUCCCACCAUAACCCACCAGGAGCCUUUUUUCUGCCUUUGCCUUGAUUUAUGGGAUUUCACAAAAAAAUAAAAUUUAAAAAAUCGCUAUUUUUUAACAAAAACUGGUUUUUAAAAAUAAUCCAAACCAACAUUCCGACCUUGCGGAGUUAAAUUCCUUAAAAGCCCGGGGUUGGGUGUUUUUUAUCCUUUUUUAAUAUCCCCGACAGCAAAUUCCAAUUUUUUCCCCUGUAAACCAGAAAAUAAUUUAAAUUUUUUUUUUUAUUUUUUUCCCUCAACAUUUUUUGCUAUUUUGGGGGGAAAAAAUAAAAAUAAAUUAAAUAAAAACCCAUUAAAAUUCAGAAUUUUUCAGGGGAAAAGUGAGGGAAGCGCUGAUCCGGGAUAAAUCCGAGAACCGAGGGGUAUCGCUAUUUUAUAGUCAAUUUUUUACAUAAAAAAACACAGAAAAAAUGAGAAAAAAAACCGAUUAAACGCUGAAAAGUUGAAUAUUUGUGGUUUUUUUUUUCUUUCUUGAUACCUCCGGUUUAUUUUUCCCACUUUACCCUCAAUUUUUUGGGAAUUCUGAUUUUUUCCCGGGUUUUCUCCGCAAGCCGCGGUUUUUUUCCUCAUCGGAAUCUGAAUUUUCCAGCCCGAAAAAAUACAAAAAAAAAAAAAAAAUAUAAAAUAAAAACUCCACACGUGCAAAUGUUACCAAAGUCGAAUAAAAAAAAGAAUAAAGGAUGCGAUAUUGGAUUUUA